AUGUCCUUGCAAAAUGGAUUCUGGGGUUGUGUGUUUUCUCAAAUCCCAUGUCAAGAUAACAGGGUUUCCGUCUGUGUCAGAGGCCGUGACCAAUUUUGUGCUCUCGUGUUACCGGCAGAUGCAAAAAUAUGCGAUUGGCUGUUGUUCCACGAGAACGACGAGACUUUGUCCAUUGGCGACAUUGCCUGGCCCGGAGUGAACGAGGAGCCUUUAUUCGAGUCCCAGAUCUGGAUCGAGCCAUUUUCGAACGACCCGGCCAAUAGACCCUUUUCGUAUUUCUCCGAAGACGGGCUCCAUGCCAACGAGGUGAACUUGCUUUCUAGCGAAAAUUUGGCCAAUGAUUGUUGUUUGUUAAGCACGUCCCAGAAUUGCAAGGACGAGUCGUUGGAAAAAGUGUCAUCCAUGGCUCCUGCAAGCGUUCCGGUGGCCAUCAAGGGCAUUGAGUCGUGGGACCACGCAAAAGUGGCCGUUUCGGCAACCUCCUUUAAUUUGACCAUAUUUUGA